UAUUAGGUCUAAAAUUCAUUGGAGAUAUAAAUAUAGAGCCAGAUGUAUACAUUUCUGAAGUAUGUAAGGCUUGCCCCAAUUUACAAUGGUUAAGUUUUGAAAAUAGUGGAUCACAUAUACUUAACAAUAAAAAUCUAGAAAUGCUUUUAGCCGAGUGUCCCAAUUUAAAAAGACUUACGAUAAGAGGUUCUAGGCGCAUAAGUCUGAAAGUAUUUUUAAAAAUUCCAGGGCUGACUACUAGUUUGGAAACGUUAGAAAUUAGGGGAUGUUUACGGAUUAGAAAUAAUAUAAUAUCUGAUUUCCAAAACUUAUACCCAAAAAUAAAACUCAUAAUUGAGUCCGAUGAGGAAUAG